AUGGCAGAAGAAGAUAGUGAUGCCUUAUCCCUCCAAGGCGAUGAAACUAUCACCGAGCCGCCUCCCUUUGACCCUGAUCUUUAUGAUCCUGACGAACCAACCACCCCCUCGAACUUCGACCUAAGGAAACCCACUGCGAAAAAGGUUAAUGACGCUAUUAGCUGGGCUACCAACUAUUACUGGGAACGCAAACGGAGCCCUCAUGAUAUAUGGCAAUGCCUUAUUGACGACUUUGCCGACUGGAACCAUAGCCAUUUUAACCGCUCGAGAAAGGCCAACCUCCGUGACUUCCGCGAUACCCUCCGUGCAAAGGGGGUCUAUAUCAGAAAGGAAGACCGGUUCCCAAUUGUUAAUGCCAUUAUGGAAGCCGUGUCUUCUCCGGGCUUCCCCACAUGGCCGGACAACGAUCCACAGCGCCCUCCACGAUCCUCCACACCCCCACCGAGUCCAUCAAUAACGAAGCCUGUCACGGCACCGACCCGAGAACGACCUAAAACAGCCCAACCAGAGGUCAUUAUAGCCCCUAAGACAGCAGUACCUACCACAACUCGCACGUCUGGAGGCGUCGAUACACCUCCCCCGGUGGUCAAUACACCACAGUCAUGGGGGUCCCUGGCUGGGGAAGGGCGAUCACCUUCUUCCUCAGACGGUGAAGUGCCCCCUGACCUACUCAGACGCCUAGACAGCCUCACCAAAGGCUAUCAGGAAAGUGACAAAUUCUCAGGCCGAGAAUAUGACUUCCUCUUGACCAAAGUCAACAUGUUUAUUGAUAAAUGCAAACGGAUUGACUAUCCGCGAGACCAGCUCGCUCGGGCCGUCCCAGUCAUGCUCACAGGACCAGCAUACCGGUACUAUCUCAACAAUCUAGCUAACAAAGGAAAAAGUUAUAACGACCUCAUCCACGCCCUCCAAAAGAGGUACGAAACAGAGGCAAUUCGAGACCGAUACCUCCGCGAGUGGGAAAGCCUUAAUCUCGCCGCGAUUGUCAACCAACAUCGUGACAAACGUCUCUCAUCCUGCCUUGAGAUCCUCACGGAGAAGAUACAACUGCUUCACCAGGGCCUCUUCCGACCUGGUGAUACGGGCUUCAAUAGCAUGAGGGAUAAGCUCAAGAUUGCCGCUUCUAAGACCCCGGCUUGCAAGGUGCCGUUAAUGAAGCCGGCAAAGACCUUUGAAGACCUUGCCGCCGAGCUCCAGCAAGCUAUCGCUGUCCACGAGGAAAUAACGCCCCAGCCAGCAGAAGUCUUUUAUACUGAUCGCGCUUUCAAACGCGGUGGAGGAAACGCCUCAAAUUAUAACCAAAAAGGGCAGUUCCUGAACCACCAGAAGAAGUGCUACGUUUGCCGCCAACCUGGCUGCUGGUCGACCAAGCAUAGCGACCAAGAACGCUCCCAAGCUCGAAAUUCCUGGCUCCAAAAGAAGCACCCAACGCCUCCAACGGCCAAGAGGUAUCAAGCGUUCCUAACUGCCUUUGAGGGUGAAGAUAACGAUGAGGAUACCGCCCUCCUUGACGAAAUGUAUAGACAGAAUUCCUUUAAUGAUGCCAACAGUGACGAUGAUGACAAUGACGAAUUCCUCCCUGUCGGCAGCAGUAACAUGUUUGCUAGUACGGGUACUAUUACCCAGAAUUUCUUAGCCACGGCAGCAAUUCCACAGCCAGUGGAAAUCCUCGCUGGUUUGAGAGACCAAGCGUUCAAGCAUGCCCUAUUGGCUGAAGAUCCCUAUUUUAUAAAAGAACCAAAAGAGACUGCUAUUUUCAUCUCUGAGGAAAGAUAUUCUGACCAUAUCUUUAGAGGCAUCCUGCCUGAUACCGGCGCCGCCGGUACAUCCAACGCAGGCAUGCCACAGGUUAGAGCCUUAAUGAGGAUAAUGCCGUCACUAAAGAUUAAAGACGCACCAGCAACAACGAUCUAUUUUGGUGCAGGAUCAGCCUUAUCAAUCGGCAUCAUUAGAGUACCAACAGUAUUCGGAAAUAUCACCUUCCAUGUACUGCCGACCGCCACUCCUUUCCUGUUCUCCAUCACAGAUAUGGAUAGGAUGUAUGUACGAUUGGAUAAUCUCACCAAUCGCCUUAUCCAAGGAGACAUCACUGUGCCUGUUAUCAGGCAAUGGGGCCAUCCCUGGUGGCUCCUCGAGCCAGCAGCUUCCGCAGCCUUCCACCUCACAGAAACGCAGCUUCGGCAACUACAUCGCCGCUUUGGACACCCGUCUGUUGAGAGACUAUCAAGAAUCUUAACAAAAGUCGGGGAAGAAUAUAGUAGUGACGUUCUUAAGCGACUGACUGAUAUCUGCCACCAUUGUCAAAUGAACGGAAGAGCCCCAAGCCGCUUUAAGUUCACCCUUCGAGAUGAUCAUGAGUUUAACCAUGAGAUUAUUGUGGACAUCUUCUUUAUUAAUGGCCAACCAGUCCUCCAUGUUAUUGACUCUGCAACUGCCUUCCAAGCUGCUAAGUUUCUUAAUAAUAAAGAACAAAAGGCAAGGGAUCUUUGGGAUGCCAUUAUGGCCUGUUGGAUUAACACGUACCUUGGGCCUCCCGAAUGGAUAGUUCAUGACGCUGGAAAGAACUUUAGCUCGGCAGAAUUCAAACAGUAUGCCAAAGGCCUGUAUAUGUAUUGGCAAGGCAGAAAGAUAUCAUGGCCCUCUCCGCCGUGCAUAUCAGAUAAUUGA